UUGUUCUAGGUGGCAGAACAUAUAUCGUCUAUUCGUUGGGGGGGUUUCAUUGGUUUUGACACAGGCUGCGCCUGUUCUGAGUAAAGCAGAGUUUGGAGUUCACAGUGAAAAGUACUGGGCAGGUCUGGUCAGACGGCAGUAAGAUUGCCCACAGAAGAGCAAGCAUCCAUCGUGCCUGUCAUUUCAGUUCUGAACGCGUGUUCAAACCGCAAUAUCAAAUCCUGAUUUCUGUAUUUCAGUUUAUUCUAUAUGGCACAGUUGGUGACACGCUGAGAGCCCAUCAAUGGACUUGGAAGCUAAAGAUGAAGAGGAAGAGAGCCUGCAAACGGCUUUCAAAAAGCUGAGAGUGGAUGCAGCAGGAUGUAUGGCAGCUCUGGCUGUGGGUGACGGGACGAUUCUAAGAACACCGACAAGAGCAGCCAUGGAUGGAGCCAAGCAGCAGACUGGCUGCUCAAAGGAAGCGUGGCAUGGGUGUGUGCGAAAGCCUUCCAGAGGAUCGGCAAGAGUCCCACGUCGCAGACGCUCUAAGUCUCCCGUCCUGCAUCCUCCCAAGUUUACGUAUUGCAAUAUGAAAGCCAACAACCAGCUGAAACACAAAACGCAGGCAGACACGUCAAAGGGUAACAUCAGUUCAGACGUUUUCGUUACAGCAGAACACGGUACGAAGGACAGGCACGAUUCUCACUUUGAGGCCAGUGAUGACAGAACUGAACCCUUGGAAGCUUUUACCACCGAAGAGCCUUUGGAGAAGUCAAGAGAGAAUUACCCUGCUCUCUCCUCAUCCUUUGAAACUAGCUUGCAUUCUAGCCAAACCUCGGAUUUCCAGUCCUUAUCCAUGCUUAGCAACAGCAAGCAGUGCCCUUGUACGGACAAGAAAUGCCAGUGCAAACAGUGGCGAACCAUGGAGGUGUACUCUUUCUCUGGCUUACGGAGCGUCCUGUCAGAGUGCGAAAAGGCAGUCCUAGGAGCCCAUGCCCAGUCUCUUCAAAAUAGAUCCCCUUGUGGGACAGCCUCAUCGAGUUCUCCUAGGUCUUGUUCUGAGCAAGCUCGAGCCUUUGUGGAUGACGUGACUAUUGAAGAUCUUUCGGGAUACAUGGAAUACUACUUAUAUAUUCCCAAGAAAAUGUCUCACAUGGCAGAAAUGAUGUAUACUUGACUGAAAGCAAUAGAGAAUCCUGCAUCAGAGUUUGUGAUAAUGGUUGGGUUAAACGCCUUGUCAGUGCCAUGUUUUCACUGUGGUGUGUUUGAUCUAAUGUUUCUUUGCCUCAUACAAUUUAGUUUUCUAAUAAAAUGAAAAAUGGAAUAUAGUUUCCAAGCUUAGUUCUAAAAAGUAUGCACUAAAGUCUCUGAAUACCUUAACAAAAGCACUGUAGAUCAAAUGAACUCCCUUUGUUUUCCGGUUUGUGCUGUGGAUAUUCAAGCUCUGUUUGCUGUUUUCACUACAUCUUGGAGAAAAAAAAAAAGCCUUUUAGGUUUUGUUCUGAAAUGUUGCAGUGUUUGAAAGGUUCACUCUUAAUAUGUCCCAGUACUUAGAGAAAUGUUUCAUAGCUGCAGCUCUGUCCUCCUCAUCCUGCUCUAGAGAGAAGAAUGAGAAGGCAUUCAGUAUUUUUGGAUAGGGUGGAUCUCCUUUCCUUGAACACUAUCUGCCUCCUUUUUAGUUGGAUCAAAUUAUGAAUGCUUCCUCCUCACAAAUUUGGGAGGUCCAGAAUGUGCGGGUGUGUGCUUGGACCCUUUCGUAAUCUAACUGGCUCACUCUUAAGCAGUUCUAUUUUUCUGCAGAUAAGUGAAGCUCUUAGAAGCAAAAAUA